UCAACAGGAGAAAGACAUGGGACACGCAAGAGAAGUUUUGUUUGUUGACAGUCGAGGGCCUCCACCUGUCUCCUUGAUACAGCCUCUGACCAAAACCAAGCAGAGGUCAAUGCGGACACCUGAAAAGUCAAAGACUGUAAGGGAGAGAAGAGAGAGUGAUGUGAAGCUGAGCCUGAAGACUGCAGUUGAUGUGUCCACCCCUGCUGGAGUGGUCAAGAUACUGAUACAACAGACUGAUAAACUGAGCUCUAAAGACCUAAGGGAAGCCAUGAUGUCCCAACCUAAGCUGGGCCUCCAGACAAGACAGAUGAAGGAGGCGUUCUUUGAGACCAGGGUUCAACAGGACAUCCAGGAGGAGAGAGCCAAUCAUCUCAGAUGGCAAGUUCACCUUGGGAAGGACCCUGUCUCGACACAGACCAAAAUGCAGGUUUUGGAGGAGAGAGAUGUUGCAGAUUAUGAAUAUAUGGUUAGAAAAGGAGAGGUGCGGGAGGAGAGGGACUUUGCUAGAGGCCAACCUAAGCUCUCUACCAGACGGGUCCUGCGUAACACAGGCCAGGCACCGGUGGGCACGCCUUCCUUUCGCAUGUACUCCAGCAGUCAUCUGGAGAUCAGGCAGAGAGCUCUGAGGCUCUUCCAGCAGGCAGCCCGCAAGGUGGUGAUUCAAUGUCGUGUGAACAACAGACUGGUCUCGUUGAGAAGGCUGACUCGAAGCUUGAAGCGCCUGUCCACAGGAGUAAGAGUUGAGGAGGAGACCUUUCAUCUCCCGAAGAUCUCACCAGACAGCGUGAUUCCGUUCACAUUCCCUAUCUUCUCUCUUCCUAACCAGUCUGAUGAACUGGCUCCCAAUGCAUUGGGUGCCAUCCCUGUUAGGCCUAUUGAGGUCCUGGUCAAACGACACACUCCAUUCUUCAAUCUGAAUGUUCCCCAGCACUACAAGUUAAUGGGGUACCAGCCUGUUUUGGCCUUUGAGGCUGCCGCUAGCUACAUUCCCCCAACCCAGCCCAGGACGCUAUGCACUGGGGCACAGGAUGAAUUGUUGCCCAGAGUGAUCCGUUCUCCCUCGGGGUGUGCAGUGGCCAAGCCAGAGGGCGAGGAGGAUGUGGAGCAAGAGGACGAGUGUCCCAGUCUGAGCUUCACGGCCCCCACCGCCCUGCUGAAGCCUCCCUACGCCCACCCCCUCAGAAUCUUUAACCCAGCCCCCGGUCUCCAUGCCUUCAAAGCAGACCCCCUCUACCUAGAGUGUGAUCUGGACUUCCACCUGUGUCCACUGCCCCGGUACACCAUCCCAAAGCCCUCUGUGUUUGGAAUGCACACCCCCAGCACUCAGAAGACAUUUUUGGACCGAACAGAUGUGAUCCGAGGUGUGAUGACCUGGAAGAAGUUCCCAUCGGCUGCCCUGGCCGCUCUGUCCAACACUCCCACACUCACCAGUAGCUGGGCCCCGCGCGUGUCUGACCCCUUCAACAGUGACAUUCUGCCCACCCUGGCGCCCACAGCUCUGAAUGGCCUUCCAGAAGAUAUGACAGAGGAGCUACUGGAUGGACAAUCUGAAAGCACGGGAGUAUCUCUCACGCCUGAGAUGAUCCGAGCCGAGUUUCCCCUGCCAGAGAAUGUACCUUCCACUCCCAGACAGCUGAAAGACGACAGCUUUAAAGAUGACAGCAGUUCCCUGAGUCCCUGUAAAACUCCCCAGAUGAUGCCUCUCAGUACAGCAAACAUCUCCAGGGAAUCAAGAGAGCAGCAGCUGGAGAUGUUUCUGAAGUCUCAGACCAAUAGACUUGGUGCCAAGGUGAUGGCGCGACUCAACCACCUGAAUAUUGUGGGCAAGGCUAAUUCACCCUCUACACCAGAGAAUAAAUAGUGCUAUAUUUGUUAUGAGGCACUAAGGUUGAUGCAGGAAAUGUCAGAUUACAGUACCAACAUACAUUGACUGAUAUAUUUCAUAUAAUACAUUUCACUGUAAAAUAUAUCAUUACUGUAGCUGCUAAGUGCUAUUGUAUAGUUACCACACCACUGAUGCUGUGCCCAUUGUCUUGCAUUGACACUGACCAAUUCAUCCAAGGACAUUUUCAUUUAAAACAGUCUUUAUGUACUUUAAAGUUUGGCUUCUUGUUUUAUUUAAUUGAUGACAGGCCUUUCUGGCAAAUAAAAUAAUUGAUAAAGGAAUGAUUCCAAAUGAA